AUGUCGAAUCCGAGCCUCAUCUUCGCUUCGGUGCCUUCCGACCGCCUCCCGGUGCCAGGUAAAGACCUCUUGGUCGAAGGUCGCUCUUUGCCUGCCGGCGAGGGCGUGCUGGUCCGCAUUGAACUGGCUUCUCUCGAUCCCUAUCUGCUCUCGCAGCUGAGGGACCCAUCCUCGGCUUGGACCUACCAACCCACGCUGCCCGUCGGUGAGCCUUUGAGCACAAGCGCAGUUGGCACCGUAGAGCGAUCCGACGCCCCCGGCCUCCCCGCCGGCGAGAUGGUAUGGCUCGCCAUGACCCCGUUGGCGCGGUAUGCUUUUCUCACCGUGUCGGUGGCAGCCAACCGGCGUCUUGUUGUGCCAAUCGGGCAACUUGUACGGGAUCUCGGCAUCGACGUGGGUCACUGGCUAGGAGUUCUAGGUGUUCCCGGGCUUACAGGCUUUGCCGGUCUCUACGAGUGCGGUAAGCCCAGGGCCGGCGAGACCAUCUUCAUUAGCUCGGCGGCCGGCACGGUCGGUCUAACGGUAGCCUACUUCAGUAAAAGGGACGGACUGCGCGUCGUGGGGUCGGCUGGAACCACCGAAAAGGUCGAUUUGCUCUGGCGUACUGGCCUUUUCGACGAGGCCUUCGUUGUUGGCCGCCGGGAUAGCCACGAGACCGUGGAGGCAUCACUACGCCGGACGGCGCCGGAGGGGGUCGACAUAUACUUUGCUAGUGUUGGCGGAAGCCAGAUGCGCGCGGCGGCGACCUGUAUGAAGGUCCAUGGGCGGAUUGUCGUAUGUGACGCCGUCGACGAGUAUGGCGGCGUAAGCAGCACGGAAAGCACGGAAAAGUCGAGUAACAGUUGGCCGCAUGCUCCGUGGCUCUGGCAGCCCGUCGCCUACAGGAGGCUGACGAUCCGCGGGUUCAUCAUCACCGACUUGGUUACUAAGUACAUGGCAAGCUUCCAGGAGCAGAUGUAUGAGGGCAUCAAGAAGGACGGAGGACUGCCCAGAAUCGCUCCACUAUACGUAGUUCGCGGUCUGGAAAAGGCGGCCGAGGCGUUUGAGAACCUCUUCCGCAGCGGAAAGGUGAUGGGCAAGCUCCUGGUCCAACCAUGUGACCCUUGA